GGGCUGUGGGCGCUUCCUGCCGCCGCCCCCACCGGGGCAGAGCGGAGCGGGAGCUGAGCCCGGCCCGGCCCAGCCGAGAGGCGCUUCCCUGGGGCCAGCGGAACUUCCCGGGGGGCCGCGGACAGCUCCGUUUGUUACCGGUACCUCGGGGCUCGGCUCGGAUUGGGGCACUUUCGGCGGGGACCCCGGGGCGGAGCCGCCCUCGCCCAGCCUGCGGCGGCCGGGAGGGGCCGGUGCCAGCAGCGCCGCCGGUCCCCGGGGAUGGGCUCCGCCGGGGCGCCCGCCGCUUAGCCCGGCUCUGCUCGGCACGGCACGGCCCGGGGCACAGCGGGGCCGCGCAGCAUGGCCGCGGAGCUCAGCGCCGAGGAGGAGCAGGCGACCAAGCAGUUCCUGGAGGAGAUUAACAAGUGGACGGGCCAGUACAAUGUGUCCCCGCUCUCCUGGAACGUGGCUGUCAAGUUCCUCAUGGCCCGCAAGUUCGACGUCCUGCGGGCCAUUGAGCUCUUCCACUCCUACCGGGAGACACGGCUGAAGGAGGGCAUUGUGAAGCUGAAGCCGCAUGAGGAGCCGCUGCGCUCGGAGCUGCUCAGUGGCAAGUUCACCAUCCUGAGCGUGCGGGACCCCUCAGGAGCCUCCAUCGCCCUCUUCACAGCCAAGCUGCACCACCCCAGCAAGAGCGUGCAGCACGUGGUGCUCCAGGCACUCUUCUACCUGCUGGACCGAGCGGUGGAGAGCUUUGAAACACAGAGGAACGGACUGGUGUUCAUCUAUGAUAUGGCAGGCUCGCAGUACACCAACUUCGAGCUGGACCUCAGCAAGAAGAUCCUCAACCUGCUCAAGGGAGCCUUCCCAGCCCGGCUCAAGAAGGUUUUCAUCGUGGGAGCACCCAUGUGGUUCCGUGUGCCCUACUCCAUCAUCAGCCUGCUGCUCAAGGAGAAGCUGCGGGAGCGGGUGCAGAUGGUGAAGAUGUCAGAGCUGAAGGAACACCUGCCCCGGGAAUGCCUCCCCGAGUACCUUGGGGGGUCCCUCAGGCUGGACCCUCUGAGCUGGAACUGCCGGUUCCUGCCACAGCAGAACGGGCACCCCGACCCCCUGGACGAGCUCAUCCUGGUGCCGCUGGCGGCCCCCAAAGACAACGGCUCCGUCCACGUCCCUGGGCCCAAGUCUGUGACGCUGCAGGAGCUGCUGGACCACAUCAGCCACAAGCAGAAACGCGGCAUCUAUGAAGAGUACGAAGACAUUCGGCGCAGGAGCCCCGCAGGCACCUUUGUGUGCUCUUUGGCACCCUACAACCAGGAGAAGAACCGGUACGGGGACGUGCCCUGCCUGGACCAAACCCGUGUCAAGCUGGCAAAGCCAUACAGCCGCCCGGAGCUGACUGACUACAUCAAUGCGAGCUUUAUGGAUGGCUACAAGCAGAGGAACGCUUACAUUGGGACUCAGGGGCCUCUGGAAAACACCUAUGGUGACUUCUGGCGCAUGGUGUGGGAGCAGAACGUCCUGGUGAUCGUGAUGACGACCCGGCUGGAGGAGGGAGGCAGGAGGAAGUGCGGGCAGUACUGGCCCCUGGAGAAGGACACAAAGGUGUGCUUUGGAGCACUGACCAUCACCAACUUGGGCGUGGAGAACCUCAGCCACUACAAGAAAACCAUCCUGGAGAUCCACAGCUCGGAGACCAGGGAGCGACGGCUCGUGUCCCACUUCCAGUACCUGAGCUGGCCGGAUUAUGGCGUCCCCUCCUCUGCUGCCACCCUCAUUGACUUCCUGGGGGCUGUGAAGCAGCAGCAGCGGGUGGCGGUCAGUGCCCUGGGACCUCGCUUCAAGGGUCACCCGGGGGGGCCCCCAGUCGUGGUGCACUGCAGUGCUGGCAUCGGCAGGACAGGUACCUUCUGCGCACUGGACAUCUGCCUGUCACAGCUGCAGGACGUGGGCACGCUCAACAUCUACCAGACAGUGCUGCGCAUGCGGACCCAGCGUGCCUUCAGCAUCCAGACCCCUGAGCAGUAUUACUUCUGUUACACCGCCAUCCUGGAGCACGCCCAGCACGAGGGGCUCCUGCUCGCCAACCACAGCCGGCCCGCCCCGGACAAGAGCUCGCCGGGACACUGAGACCCACAGGACCCGGGGCUGCCAGAGCCGUCUCUGCGCCCACCAGGACCCAGCAGUGUGCAGGCAGCUGCCCGCCAGCAGCAGGCACUGCCCAUCCACCACCAUUAGCACUGCUGUCAAACUGUGCCUUAUCAACCCAAGCGGUGCUGUCGCUCACUGGGGGCAGAGGACGGUGCGGGAAGAGGCUCUCACUUCUCCCCACGGUGUUUGUGUUGGGUGGGUGGUUGGCUGGUUGCUUGGGGAGGUGGUUUUUGUUCUCUUCAAGUUGUGUUCUUCUUUUAUUUGAUAUAUUGUUUUGGUGGGACCAUCUAAAAUGUAUCUAAGAGAGGCUUUGUAAAGCCCUAGGAAAUGUAUUUCCAGUCCUGCCCCUACCUGGGGCUUAGGAAGAGGCACCUACUUCAGUCUUACCUGCCACUACGUCUGUGUGUCUGUAUGUAUGUGUGUAUAUAAUAUAUCCACGCUGUGCCCAACCCCGGCUAUUAUAUAGAUACAUAUAUACAAGCACCCGUUCUCACAGCUCCCGUGGGGCCCUCCUGUCCUGCCCUCUCCCUGCUGUGAUCCCUGGAGCGGUGAGUUUGGGCCUGGCUCUGUCUUGUCUUCCUUUGUUUCCCCCAUUCCUGCCUCCCCUGCUCCCCACAGGCAGCGCUGGGACCCGGUACCCCAAGGGGAUGCUCCACAGCAUCCCCUGCUUCCCUUCUCUCAUCUUCCCCAUCCUCACCUCCCGCUGGGAGACUGUGCUCCUGGGCGGAGGAUCUGGAGGCCAUUGGCUAUGGGUCGGCUCACUGGUGUCCCCUGCCCCUUGGAGCGUCACUAGGUACGAGGUGAUGGGGACAGACAGAGGGAUGGAUGGGGACCGACUGGCUCUCCGGGUUGCCGGCAGUGGGAGCCCAGCCCUGUGGUGAGUCACGGGCUGGAAAAGCGCUGAGCACAAAGAGCCUGAGCCCUGGAGAGAGGUGACAACCGAGGGCUGGGGAGCUGGGGCUGCAGCGCCCGCACCUCGGGCCUUUAUACUGUAAUAAGCUCUUUGAAUGUGUAUAUUCUUAUUUUUUUAUAAUCUGGGGGGAGGUGGGGGUUUGUUUGGUUGGUUUUUGUUGUUUAUUUUUAUUUAACAUUAACUUGAUCCAAGCCAGAGCCAGAAGUUAUUUGUAAAUGUUCCUAUUUUGCUCUCAUUCAGAGAAAUGUUUUUGUUAUUGUUACUUUUUGGGUUUGGUUUUGAUUUAAUUUGUAUCGACCUAUAAAUAUACUACCAGUGACCAGGU